UUAUUCCUUUAUUAUUCCAAACACUUUCCACAUUCAUAUUCAAAGCAAAAAAAGAAGUACCCCAAAAAUAUUGGAAACACAACUAGAAGAAGAAGAAGAAGAAGAAGAAGAAGAAGAAGAAGAAGAAGAAGAAGAAGAAGAAGAAGAAGAAGAUGGAGGACAUAAGAUCAAAAUUCAAAAGUGUAUGUGUUUUCUGUGGUAGUAGUGCUGGUAAAAGAGAUUGUUACAGAGAUGCUGCUCUUGAUUUAGGCCAAGAACUGGUGAAAAGGAAAGUGGAUCUUGUUUAUGGUGGAGGGAGUGUAGGGUUAAUGGGAUUGGUCUCACAGGAGGUUCACCGUGGUGGUGGCCAUGUUUUAGGGAUUAUUCCCAAGACUCUCAUGUGCAAGGAGAUAACAGGUGAAACAAUAGGAGAAUUAAGAGUCGUAUCUAAUAUGCAUCAAAGAAAAGCUGAGAUGGCUCGUCAUUCUGAUUGUUUUAUUGCCUUACCAGGUGGAUAUGGAACAUUGGAGGAAUUAUUAGAAGUUAUUACGUGGGCCCAACUUGGAAUUCAUGACAAGCCCGUGGGCUUAUUAAACGUGGAUGGUUACUAUAACUCGCUACUUACAUUCAUCGACAAAGCAGUCGAUGAUGGUUUCAUCAUGCCAGCUCAGCGCCACAUCAUUGUCUCUGCUCCAAACGCAAAAGAACUAGUACAAAAACUUGAGGAUUACGUCCCGAUGCAUGAUGGUGUAGUGGCAAAGGCGAGAUGGGAAGCUGAACAAGUGGAGUUGAACUCAUCUUUGCACUCUGAAUUAGCUAGAUGACGAAUAACAAAUUUGGACAUGCUAAUUGCCUCCAUAGUUUUUUUCUUUUUUUUUUUUUUUUUUUUUUGGUAAAGUUUCUAGGAAGGGGUGAAAUUGUAAUUAGUGUGCUUCCUAGAGAUCCCUUUGUAUUCAUUUGAAAGAAGUGGAAGGACAAAUUAGUCAGUUUAGAUUCUUUUGUUAUUAAGUAAAUACAAAAUGAAAAUUAGUAAAUUAUCCAA